AUGGCUCAAUCCACUUCCUUUAGUGUCCAUUUCAUUGAAUUUUGGGCUGCUCAUCAUCCUUCUUUUGCUAGUGGAGACGCGUGGGACCAAAGAUAUAGUAGUGGAAAAGCUCAGGGGUUCAAUGCAAAUAUUGCAAUCCAAGCUCCAUCUGUUAUUAAUGGUGAAAUAGAAGUAUACUACUAUAGCUUUGAAUCUUUGAUCCCUGCUGUUUUAAGACCCAGAAAUCGGCAACUUCGUGCAUUGAAUGUUAAUGCUAAAAAAGAAACGUGA